AUGUAUAACGUAGGGAAGUUCCCUUUGCUCCGUAUCAUCCUUCGAAUUCUGAAGCCAAGAUGGGAGAUGGAAGGCUGCAAGAGUCUGAUGUUCUUCAAUCUCGCCGGCGAUACGAGUGAGGGUGUCGAUUCGCGUGUUGAGCAAAGUGCCAAUCUCCCACCGUACUCCCAUCUGUAUGUUCUGGUACGAUCGGAGGACCAGGGAGAGAAGGUCAAGCCUUACGGAGCCGAGCCGCUGGUUGCCAACCUCAAUGACUACGACGACCUCGCAAAGAAGAUUGUGUAUCUGAACAUCACCAUCGUCUACUUCCUGAUCGAUGCGUACACCGCCACACAUCAACCCGCGAUGAUCGAGGCUCUAGGCCAGGUGAAGCGAAAGACGGGUCAGGAAGUGCAUUUCCUACUCACCACCGGGGCCAAGCAAUUCAGUCGUCAUGCGGGUAUGCCGACCGACGCUCCUUUGCUGGAUACCAACCCGAAUCUAUACGAUCUGCAGAAGAACGUGAAGGCGCCGCACGACUUUAUGAAUGAGUCUGUCAAAGCGAAUCCUCUGAUCAUCGAUACCGCGGAAACUCACGGCGUCCGAAGCUAUAUCUUCGCCCCUUGUCUCGUUUAUGGACGUGGCGAGGGCUUUGGAAAUCUGACUUCUAUCCAAGACGUGUCGAUUGUGCAGGCGGCACAAAGUGCUCGACGAGUCUGCGCGGUUGACUCGGAUGAUCCGACCUGGCCUGUUUGUCAUGUUGUGGAUACCGCAACCCUCUAUCUCGAAAUCCUACGCAAAAUCCUCGGGGAAGACAUUGGGCAUGGGAAGAAUGAAUACUUCCUCGCUUCAUCAGGUCCCAUUAAGUGGAACGAUAUUUACGGUGCCUUUGCUAAGGCCCUAGCCAAGCGAAGUAUUGUCGACGAUGACAAAGUCACGUUAGCCGACGAGCCGACUUUGACUAAAAUGGCGGAGGGAACUGGCGUUGAACCCAAAGCCGUCCAGGUGCUCUUGGGUGGAAACCUUGGACUACCUGAGUCAGGCAUUCUGGCAACCUAUCGUAUUUUCAAGGAAGAUAUGUUAAUCAAGACACCCGAGAAAAUGAGUGACGAAGAAGCGUGCACUCUGCCAAUUGCUGGCGUGACAGCGUGGAUGGCCAUCAACGGCACACGGCCUUUAGGCCAGAACGGCGGAAAGGAUGAAUAUAUUAUGCUACAGGGUACCGGAGGAGUUAGUAUUAUGGGGCUGCUGCUGGCGAAAGCAUCCGGUGCCAAAGUCAUCAUCACGUCUUCCUCGAAUGAGAAGCUGGCCCGGGCGAAGGAGCUCGGCGCAGAUUUCGGAAUCAAUUACAAGGAAAGACCCGAUUGGGACGAGGACGUCAUGCAAGUAACCAAUGGCCAUGGCGCAGACAUCAUCCUUGAGACAGGCGGCUCGCAGACUAUCGGCAAGAGCUUUGCCUGUGCUGCUUACGGCGGCCUAAUUAACUGUAUCGGCUAUACGUCCGGAAAGAACCAGACAGCUGGCGAGCAGCCCAAUGUCAAUGUUCUUACAAUCAGCCGAUGCCUUCUCUCAAGGGAUUCGUAA